AUGGCGUGGAAAACAAGCAGCGUUGUGCUGGGCUUAUUGUCAACAUUGGCCACUGCACAAUCUGCUCGUGUUGUGACUGUCGUCGUGCACCGUAGCUGCGGCGCCACUGUUGGCUUUCCAUCCACCCUUGACUAUGGAACCAAUCCCGCAAGCUUCGACACCAUUGCCUCGCGCACCAGCUCCCAGACGGCGUUGAUUUCGCCUGUACCAGGACCUGGCUAUGUCACCAUUACUCAAACAUACUCCGGCACAAGCUCUUUAACAGCCCCAGUCACGACUACCAUUGCACCGAGCGGGACUGCUCCCGGAACGGUCAUUGUCCAGAUCCCAAGUCCAGGCUACGUUAUUCCGGGCACCACUGCCAUCUCCAUCUCUUCAGCGGUGACGACAAUCGUAUCAAACGGGGUCACAUCUGUGUCUUCUUUCCCGGUCACGAUUACGCCGUCUCCAACAGGCUUCACUACUGUUACCGGUCUUUACUCCGGCACUCUGCCCAUCAGCCAGCCAAUAACUACUACCAUUGGAAACACUGUAGUCGUUCAAAACCCACCAUAUACCAUCUCCUUCGCCGAAUAUACCGGCACGGCGGUGCUGACUGGACCCUCUACCAWCAGCACAAUCUUUCCGAGCGGCAAUGCUCAAGGAACCUACAUCAUCGUUAUUCCCGUUCGAUAUGUCACCAUCACGUCUUACUACACCGGUACUGCGCCAAUCACCGAGCCGAUCACUUCGACAAUUGGGCCAUCGGGAACUCGAUCCGGAUAUGUACUCGUUCAAACGCCUCCUGCUUACACAACGACAACGCAGUUGUACACAGGAACGCAGUCUUCGAUUACCAUUCCCGUCACAAGGACUUACCAAGCGAGCGGCUCUGAUGCUUGGACCGUGAUCGUUGAAACGCCUGCCAGCUACACAGCUCCAAACUAUGUGACGACAACACAGCUUUAUACAGGCGCUUCUUCGAUCUCUGGGCCUAUUACAUAUACCACUAUUCCCCCAUCAGGCACAAACCCAGGCAUAGUAAUCAUUCAGACGCCUCCUGCCUACAGUGCACCUCCAAGCGUUACUGCAGCACCCAGCGCCACGGUACCACCCGGAUACUCGGCUCCUCCGUAUAUCACCACAACUCAGCUUUAUACAGGUGCUUCGUCCAUCUCGGGUCCUGUGACUUAUACCACGAUCCCUCCGUCGGGUACUCUACCAGGCACUGUCAUUAUCCAGACACCACCUGCGUAUUCCGCCCCACCUCCCGGAUACUCAGCUCCUCCAUACAUUACCACGACACAGCUUUACACGGGUGUUUCGUCAAUCUCGGGCCCUGUUACUUAUACGACGAUCCCUCCAUCAGGCACCAGGCCGGGCACAGCCAUCAUCCAGACACCUUCAGCUUAUUCUGCUCCAGCUUCCUCAUCGGUCUCAGCGACGGGAACAAGCGUAUCAACCCCCCAGAGCUCUGUUGUAGCACCCGCAUCUACCUCAUCCGCCUCCACGUCGGUGACUCUACAGACAAGCUCUGGAUUGCAGACAAGCUCUGGAUUGCAGUCAAGUUCUCAAGGCGGGCUCAGCAGUUCAGUUCCAGCAACAUCUACGAUUGACGCACCGCCCACCUAUGCAUCUCUACCAGCAUGUCCGGCAGUCACUUGCGGCGGAACUGCCAGUAAUACUACCUUGUGCGACUCCCAAUAUGGCAACGCCUUCAAUGUCACUUGCGGAGUCAGAAACAUUGGUGUCGUUCGGAAACGAGCAACCGUUACUGAUGUCAAUUCAUGCUUGACUCAGUGCGACGCCGAACCUGGAUGCGUGGCCAUUAACUAUUUUGGAAAUACUGGUGAUCCGGCUGGUAACUGUGAAAUCCUCACCGAGGUCACCAGUACCCGUGCGGAGGCAGGGGUUGCCGCAGCAGAGCGACCUCCAGACGCUGAACCCGUCAACACUAUCCCGCCGACUUCCACCAGCACACAGGCGCCUUUUACCACCUCUGGUGGUCCAGCCAGCUCCGUGGUGCUCUCAACGACAAGUAACCAGCAAAUCCCCUCUAGUACCCCGGGGAUUAGUACGAUAACAAGCUCUCCUGGUCAGACUUCAAGCUCGCUCGAUCGUUCGAGUAGUCUGAUACCUCCCGGUAGUAGUUCUCCAAGUGCAGACGGUUCGGUCACAUCAUUACAAGCGGCCUCAUCGUCCAGUACUGCGGGCACUGUAUCCGAGUCAAUCUCAUCCUCGACUGAAUUGUCUGUGAUCAGUACUCCGUCACUGUUUCCUACGGUAUCCUCCUCUUCGGCAUUAACAACCACGGCCGUAACAUCGUCCGGUCCUUCAGUGGUGCCCACUGGUGAUUGCCCAGCAGGAGAUGGAGCCACUGUCACAAGUCCUCGUGGUGUGCCUUAUGUGCUGUCCUGUGGCAGCGAUACUACUGGCGUAUUGGUGUCUCAAGGCGAGGCCGUGGAUUCUUACAGAGACUGUUUUGAAGGCUGUGACGCCUUGGAAACAGGGUGUCAGGGCUUCACUUGGAUUGGGUUCGAAUCCAGCAGCAACGGCGUCGGAUCAGGGGACUGUCUUUACAAGGGCGCUGGACCUCAACAGUCUCCUGUUGCAUUCUCUGGGAGUGGAGACCCGUCAAAGCUUGCGGCUAUCCAGCGAAGAGUUGUCGUGCCAGAGUCAAGCAUAACAUCCUCGAUUCCUGCUGUACCCGUCACAUCGAGUGAUGCAGGCAUCUCGACAGACUCGGCAAUUUCUACUGCGACGACUUCCACUACACCGACGUUAUCUUCAKCCUCGCAAUCUUCUGCUGCUGCCACGCCCUCAGUUUGCCCAGCGUUCGACGAUUCUCAGUAUACCGACUCCGCAGGGCAGUUAUACAACAUUUACUGCUCGGCUGAAUAUCGUGGGGAGUUACGAGUCGUUCCAGAAAUCGAGACAUUCGAAGGCUGCAUGUUGCAAUGCGACCAAGCAGGCAGUGUGUGUGGCGCUGCUGUGUGGGAUCGUGUCAGGACAUGUUACCUCAAGCCUAACGUCGCCAACGGUGGAGGACUUGAGACUGGAACUGCCUAUGUUGCUGUCAAAGUCGUCGCAGGCGCUAGUAGCAGCUUGGUUGCCCCGGCUUCGACCACUGUACUCCCGACAACAACUUCGACACCAAGCUCCAGCGUCGCGACCAGCUCCGCGACCAGCUCUGCCUCCAGCUCUGCCUCCAGCUCCUUGGCAGGUGUGACAACCUCGAGCAGUGUCGGUAGUUCGAGUUCGAUCAACAACGGCGUGCCAACCACGACUACGACCACUGCGCUCCCGACAACAACUUCGAUACUAAGCUCCAGCAUCGUCACCAGCUCUACCUCCAGCUCUACCUCCAGCAUCGCCACCAGCAUCGCCACCAGCUCUACCUCCAGCGUAUUGGCCGGUGUGACGACCACGAGCAGUACCAGUAGUUCGACCAACAACGGCGUGCCAACCACGACUACGACCACAACCAGCAGUACGACGAGCUCUACUUCGAGCGUCCUACAGGUUUCAACCACAACCACAUCAACUGUUGUCACCAGCUCUUCGCUCACUGCUACUUCAUCUACUACCUCUACCGCCUUCCCCUCCAUCUGUCCAGAGUCUAACGGUGCCACAUACACUGAUGGCAACGGGGUUCAGUACAGCAUUUCUUGUGCUGCUGAUUACACAGGAAACCUCGUUCUUGUUAACAACAUCCGCAGCUUUGAGGCAUGUCUGCGCCAGUGUGACGCAAGAGCUGAUUGCGGAGCCGCCGCUUGGGACAGGGACUCUGCAUGCUAUCUCAAGCGACCACGAAGCGAGAACGACUAUCUUGUAGCUGGGAGUGCCUACGUUGGCGUCAAGUUGGUGUUGGGAGCUACCACAAGCUCUACAUCAACGACUUCAAGAUCGAGCGCGUCGUCUACUAACUCAGCUUCCACCACACCAAGUCCAACCACCACUACUAUAACAACGCCUUCCCCUACGACGACUACGACGACCACGACUUUCCCAACAACAACUACUACAACGACUCCGAUUCCUACUACGUCUACAACCACAACGACUCCGAUUCCUACGACGACUACUACUACGACGACUCCGAYUCCGCCGACGACAACUACUACUACUACAACGCCUUUCCCUACGACGACUACUACUACGACCCCUGUCCCAACGACAACUACUACUACGACGACUCGCCCUACAACAACAACUACGACUACGCCAUYUCCCACGACGACAACUACGACUACACCAUUUCCUACAACUACGACUACAACGACUACGCCUAYCCCUACUACCACAACCACAACGACCACACCAUUCCCCACAACCACAACCACAACGACCACGCCUAUCCCCACUACCACAACCACAACGACCACGCCUAUCCCUACUACCACAACUACGACGACUACACCAUUCCCCACUACCACAACCACGACGACUACACCAUUCCCUACUACCACAACUACGACGACCACACCACUCCCUACUACCACAACUACGACGACCACACCAUUCCCCACUACCACAACCACGACGACCACACCAUUCCCUACUACCACAACUACGACGACCACACCAUUCCCCACUACCACAACUACGACGACCACACCAUUCCCCACUACCACCACCACAACGACUACACCAUUCCCCACUACCACCACCACAACGACUACACCAUUCCCGACAACAACCACGACGACCACGCCUUUCCCUACUACAACGACUACAACAUCCUCUACGUCCUCCUCUUCGUCUCCAGCGUCGACAUACCCRCCCGUCACAGCGAUGCCGGAACCGCAGGCACAGUCUAUUCCGACUCGAAUGGAGUAG